UGCCUCGGCGUGAGGUGUUUGUGUGUUCGCGCGCCCGCGGGCGGGCGAGAGCCCCGCGCCUCAGCGCUCGGCCUGGGGGAGGGACAGCGGGAGCGGCGGCUCUGCGCGCCCAGCAGGCUGAGGCGGGACUCGGGCCGCAGCCGUCGCCGCCACCGCUUCACGUCCCCCGAGAGCGGCUGCCGUGCAGCGGGGAGAGCAGACGGCGGGCGGGCGAACAGGCGGGAGAGCGCGGCGGCGGCUGCGGCUGCGGGCAGAGUGUUUAAAAUGAAGAAGUUUAAUUUCCGAAAAGUUUUGGAUGGCUUAACUGCCUCCUCCCCUGGCAGUGGUAGCAGCAGUGGCAGUAACAGUGGUGGUGGGGCUGGAAGUGGUUCCGUACAUCCGGCGGGGACUGCAGGGGUUCUCAGAGAGGAAAUUCAGGAAACUUUGACUUCGGAGUAUUUCCAGAUUUGCAAGACAGUUCGGCAUGGUUUUCCUCAUCAGCCCACAGCAUUAGCCUUUGAUCCAGUUCAGAAAAUCUUGGCUAUUGGGACGAGAACAGGUGCUAUACGAAUACUCGGGAGACCUGGUGUUGAUUGCUAUUGCCAACAUGAAAGUGGUGCAGCUGUCCUACAGCUCCAAUUUUUGAUCAAUGAGGGUGCCUUGGUCAGUGCAAGUUCAGAUGAUACACUUCAUUUGUGGAACCUUAGACAAAAAAGGCCAGCCAUUCUCCAUUCUCUUAAAUUUAACCGGGAACGAAUUACUUACUGUCAUCUACCUUUCCAGAGUAAAUGGCUUUAUGUUGGAACAGAAAGAGGAAAUACACAUAUUGUAAAUAUUGAAUCUUUCAUUCUUUCUGGAUAUGUUAUCAUGUGGAACAAGGCAAUUGAACUAUCCACUAAGACUCAUCCAGGUCCAGUUGUACAUUUAAGUGAUAGCCCAAGAGAUGAAGGCAAACUGCUAAUAGGUUAUGAAAAUGGUACUGUAGUAUUCUGGGACUUGAAAUCUAAAAGAGCAGAACUGAGAGUUUAUUAUGAUGAGGCUAUUCAUUCAAUUGAUUGGCAUCAUGAGGGCAAACAGUUCAUGUGCAGCCAUUCAGAUGGUAGUUUGACUUUAUGGAACCUGAAAAGCCCAAGUCGCCCUUUCCAGACCACAAUUCCACAUGGAAAAAGUCAAAGAGAAGGAAGAAAAUCUGAAUCUUGUAAACCAAUUCUUAAAGUAGAAUACAAGACCUGCAAAAACAGCGAACCAUUCAUAAUAUUCUCUGGUGGGCUGUCCUAUGACAAAGCUUGUAGAAGACCAAGUUUAACCAUCAUGCAUGGAAAAGCAAUUACAGUACUUGAAAUGGAUCAUCCUAUUGUUGAAUUUCUAACUUUAUGUGAAACGCCCUAUCCAAAUGAAUUUCAAGAACCCUAUGCUGUCGUGGUACUUCUGGAGAAAGAUCUCAUUGUAGUUGAUCUGACACAAAGCAAUUUUCCAAUCUUUGAAAAUCCAUAUCCCAUGGACAUUCAUGAAUCACCAGUUACAUGCACAGCAUACUUUGCAGAUUGUCCUCCGGAUUUGAUUCUAGUACUGUAUUCUAUAGGAGUCAAGCAUAAAAAACAAGGAUACAGUAAUAAGGAGUGGCCAAUCAGUGGAGGAGCUUGGAACCUUGGAGCACAAACAUAUCCAGAAAUUAUUAUCACUGGUCAUGCAGAUGGAUCAAUAAAAUUUUGGGAUGCUUCUGCAAUAACUCUGCAGAUGCUGUACAAGCUAAAAACUUCAAAAGUGUUUGAAAAACAGAAGGUAGGAGAAGGAAAACAAACAUGUGAAAUUGUAGAGGAAGACCCAUUUGCCAUUCAGAUGAUUUACUGGUGUCCAGAGAGCAGAAUAUUCUGUGUAUCAGGAGUCUCUGCAUAUGUCAUAAUUUAUAAAUUCAGCAGACAUGAAAUUACAACAGAAAUAGUGUCAUUAGAGGUACGACUUCAGUAUGAUGUUGAAGAUAUUAUUACCCCUGAACCAGAAACAAGUCCUCCGUUUCCAGAUCUCUCAGCCCAGCUUCCUUCUUCAAGGAGUCUUUCUGGGAGCACUAACACUGUUGCUAGUGAAGGAGUAACAAAGGACAGUAUUCCAUGCCUCAAUGUGAAGACACGGCCAGUGCGAAUGCCUCCAGGAUAUCAAGCAGAACUUGUUAUUCAAUUGGUGUGGGUAGAUGGUGAACCUCCACAACAGAUUACUAGUCUUGCUGUAAGCUCAGCAUAUGGAAUAGUUGCAUUUGGGAACUGCAAUGGGUUGGCUGUGGUGGAUUUUAUACAGAAGACAGUACUGUUAAGCAUGGGGACCAUUGACCUAUAUAGAUCAAGUGACUUAUACCAGCGACAACCACGGUCUCCUCGAAAAAACAAACAGUUCAUUGCAGACAACUUUUGCAUGCGUGGCCUGUCUAACUUUUAUCCUGAUUUAACGAAACGGAUCCGUACUUCCUAUCAGAGUUUAACUGAACUGAAUGACAGUCCAGUUCCCCUAGAACUUGAGCGCUGCAAGUCUCCUACCUCAGACCAUGUAAAUGGACACUGCACAAGUCCAACUUCUCAGAGUUGCAGUUCUGGAAAACGUCUUUCUAGUGCCGAUGUUUCAAAAGUAAAUCGCUGGGGUCCUGGAAGACCACCAUUUCGAAAGGCCCAGUCAGCAGCCUGCAUGGAGAUUUCUUUACCAGUUACAACAGAAGAAAACCGAGAAAAUUCCUAUAAUCGUUCUAGAAGCUCUAGUAUCUCCAGUAUUGACAAAGAUUCUAAAGAAGCAAUUACAGCACUAUACUUCAUGGACUCCUUUGCACGGAAGAAUGACUCUACCAUCUCUCCUUGUCUGUUCGUUGGAACCAGUCUGGGAAUGGUGUUAAUCAUCUCCUUAAACCUACCAUUAGCAGAUGAACAAAGGUUUACAGAGCCAGUCAUGGUAUUCCCAAGUGGUACAUUCCUCUCAUUGAAAGGAGCUGUGCUAACAUUCUCCUGUAUGGACCAAAUGGGUGGAUUAAUGCAACCGCCAUAUGAAGUUUGGAGGGAUCCAAACAACAUAGAUGAAAAUGAAAAAUCUUGGAGAAGGAAAGUGGUAAUGAACUCAUCUUCUGCAUCCGAAGAAAUAGGAGAUCAUCAGUAUACAAUAAUCUGCUCAGAAAAACAAGCCAAAGUCUUCUCACUGCCUUCUCAGACUUGCCUUUAUGUUCACAACAUCACGGAGACAUCUUUUAUACUACAAGCAAAUGUGGUGGUCAUGUGUAGCAGUGCCUGCUUGGCAUGCUUUUGUGCUAAUGGACAUAUCAUGAUAAUGAGCCUACCUAGUCUUCGCCCAAUGUUGGAUGUUAAUUAUUUGCCACUGACAGACAUGAGGAUAGCACGAACAUUUUGUUUUACCAAUGAAGGACAGGCAUUAUACCUCGUCUCUCCUACUGAAAUUCAGCGGUUAACAUACAGCCAAGAAAUGUGUGAUAAUCUACAGGACAUGCUAGGAGAUUUGUUUACUCCCAUAGAGACACCAGAAGCUCAAAACAGAGGCUUUCUCAAGGGACUGUUUGGUGGAAGCGGACAAACAUUUGACAGAGAAGAGCUCUUUGGGGAAGCUUCAGCAGGAAAAGCAUCCCGCAGCCUUGCGCAACACAUUCCUGGACCAGGUAGUAUAGAAGGGAUGAAAGGCGCUGCUGGAGGGGUGAUGGGAGAGCUGACCCGUGCACGGAUUGCACUUGAUGAAAGAGGACAGAGGCUAGGAGAGCUGGAAGAGAAAACUGCAGGCAUGAUGACCAGUGCAGAAGCAUUUUCCAAACAUGCACAUGAGUUAAUGCUGAAAUACAAGGAUAAGAAAUGGUACCAAUUCUGACUUCUAAAGAAGCUGUGACUGCUUUGAGAAACUAUAUUCAGAGAAACCAAAUUUAUUCCCAGCAUCACUAUUCAACUGCUAGAAGCCAGUUUCUUCUACAAAAUGUUCCAUUUACAGUCAAUCUGAAAUUUUCAUAAAACAGAUGUAUCAGAGACGCUGUGCAACCCAAAGGCUGGAGCCCUGGUUAAAAUCCCAAGAUAUGGCUGAAUUUGCCUUUUCCCAUGUGGAAUGGAGCUAUCAUCUUGGCAUGUCAUUCGAUAAGGAUUUAUAUUUAGUAACUAUGGGGAGUCCUCUUGAUUUGAAAAUUCCUGUACAAACAAAAGCAUUAAUGCACUUAAUGAAAAAAAAUCUUUGCAUGAUAAAUUAACAUCUUAAGAGGAAAAGAAAAAAAAGCAUGUUGUGAUAGAAGAAAAAAAGAUUCAUGGUAAACUAUUUCUAUCAAUUGGGCCACACUCAACAAUUUAAAAAAUCUGCAUUUGAAGAUGUCAGUGCAUUUCAAAUAUAUUUGCCAUACCCAACUGAAAAGGAAAACAAAACAAAACAAGAACCCAGAGUUUUCUCCUCAUCUGUAACUUUCAUUGUACUAGAACCUUAUUGAAUUCUUAUGGCAAGAGUCUGAUUAAUGUUCUCUCUCCAUGUUUUACAUCAUUCACAGUUCUGUCAAAAUCAAAUAUUGCCAGUAUAGUAAAUUAUUCCCAACACAAUCAGUUUCAUUUCUAUCACCUUCAGAAUGGGUUGCUGUUUUUAGCACAAACCAUGCAGGGUUGGGUCACCUCAAAGCAUUUUCUUCAGCCUGGCUUGUACUCUACAGGGGAGUUGGUAGUAGGUGUGGGGAAUCUAUAGGAACAAUAGAGUUAGCUAUGAGAACUGACUUCACACAAAGGGAAAUUUCACACACCCCAAUUUCAGUUUCUAAAGUGAUAUAUUUUAAAAGCUUCAUUUGUAUCCUUGUCUGCCAGUUACACAGUAUAUUACUGUUCAAACCCAGUAGGGUCUGCAAUCGAAAGGCGCUCUUGCAGCCUGACAUUCACAAACCAAACUGGUCAUUCUCUUUAGUGUGAUUCAGUAAAAUCUCAGUUAAUGUUUUGGGAAAGGGAUUCUGAUUUAUGACAUUUCUGAUUUACAAGGGCUUUCCUUAGAAAAUACCUUUCGGUUUGAUACUUACCACUGGAAAUUGGUUUGAUACUUACCACUGGAAAUCUUUAUAAAAUAUAGUGAUCUGUUUGCUAUCUUGGCCUCAGUCAUCAUUAUAGACAACAGAAAUACAUAAAGAGUUUAAUGAUACAAAAUCAAUGCUUUUGUCCCUAGGUCAAAUAAUAUAAGUCACUAGAUUAUGUCAAUAGAUGCCAAACACCUGUCCCUUAUUAAAGACUCUUUUAAAGCUGGAAUAAAGAAUAUCCUUAACAUGAUACAAGGUAUCUAUAACUCACCAGAAAAGCACCAGAGUCAAAACCAAAUAGAGACACCUACUACCAUUUAACAUGAUUCUGGAAGUCAAAAGUUAUAGGAAUGUAUAUAUACAUAUUCCAGGACCCAUCCUGUAAUAUGUUGUUUCUUCAAGAAAAGUUUUAAUUAUGGUUUUGGCUUAUUGAAUUUUUGUUUAUCAAGGUCUUAUUGGAUUUACAUUUGUGUUUCUUAAGACUUCACAAUUUUCCUGGAUUUCAGGUUAUUUUAUUAGCCAAAAAAUGGUAUUUGUAUUUCCUUUUUAGUCUAAUUUUUUGCUGGAAGUUGUACUUUCUAGCAAAUGUUUCUAGUGGUACAUUGUUCUCAGUAAUUUUGAGGAGAACAAAGAUGAGUGAAAGAGUUAGAAAAUGUACACUAGGAUAGCAUUUCUCAGAGUCCUUGAAUCCUCUUGUUAAAAAAGCCUCUCUGAAUCUCCCAGACUCCUGUGAACAGACUUACGGUAACAGAAUCUGGCUUGGAAACACAGACAUUACAUGACUGUAUAAUUUAUAGAAUUAUAAAAUUAUAUGGUAAAAAUAUUAAAGAAACUUAAGAGUAGGAUCUAGAAAAUACUAGUGGCCAAAUUGCAAUGUAUUCUUUGUACCAUCUGUUUCAAAGACUUAGUUUUCUGAUUUUCAGAACAAAUACUUUAUCAUUUCUGUAUUUUAAAAAAAAUAAGAGUAAAAUAUUAGUUUAUUUUAGAAAUAAUGAAAUUCAGUCCAAAGUAGCAGUACAUUUGAUGAGUAUUUCUGAAGCCCUCAAUAAGAUUUAACUUGUUUUAACUUGAUCUACAUCGAGAUUUCUCAAUAGCAGCACUAUUAGCUGAAAGUCUUUGUUGUGGGGAACUGUCCUGUGUAUUGUAGGAUGUUAGCAACAUCCCUGGCCUCUGUCUACUAGAUGCCAGUAAGAACCUCCUAGUAAUGACAAUCAAAAUGUCUCCAGUCAUUGCCAAAAUUUCUCCCAGUUUACAGCCACUAUUCUACAUCAUACAAAGAGGUAGAUUGUGUGAAUAUGUAAUAUAUGUUGUUGUAUAAAACUGUACAAUAAGUAUACAAUGUCUUAGCAAGAUAAAUGAUUAUACCCAAAAUUACAUGUGUGGUUCAUAUGCAAUAAGAUACAAUUUUGAAGAAAGCUUAUUGGAAUUAGUGAAACAUAACAACUACAGAAUAUUUUAAGGCGCACAGAGAAAAUAUCAAAAAGGACAUUAUAGCAUUUCACUGUAGAAGUGCUUAAAACUUUGACCUCAGUGAAUAGAUCAAAAGUUUAUAAUUAGCACACCAAUUGGAAGUAAACAGGUGCUUCUCAAAUGCUUGAAAAGAAAAGGCUCUUUGAAGUAGUUAAAACGUGUCUUUCAAAAUUGCUUGCCCUUCCUUAACGUAAGGGUAACUUCAUCUCACAAACUCCUGGUUAGUGGAAUCCAAAUUAAUGAGGUUUUACUGUAUCAAAAUUAUUUUUAUAAUUCAAAGAGAUGAUAGCAAUAAGAAGAAUCUAAUGUGGAUGUGAUUUUUCUCUUUGAACAUUUCUGUUCUGUUGCACUGACCUUAGCACGCACGCACACACACACACACACCAUCGCCACCACUACCAUCAUCAUCUUAUCCUCAUCUUUGGAAAAUAAGUACUGUUGAUCCAUGUAAUCCUUUGCAUAGUCUCAUCUUUACUAUCAUUCUUCUAUUUCGGAACAUAAGAAAAAUACUCCUAAUAACUUGGACAAUGAUACAGAAAAUGACUCUGAGCCUUAGUUACCAUCAAAAUUACACUCUAUCUGCUAAAGCGACAUCAGAAGAUAAGGCUUGCAAACCACAGUCCCAACAAGUUGACCUUGUCUCCCUAUGAUUUCCUUGGAAGAUAAGGCCUUUUUAGUGUUACAGUAGAAAAUGGGCCUUUUCAUUUAUUCAUCUGUGAGAAGCUAGAAGUAUUUGUUUCCCUGAUAAUAAUGUGAGCAAUAGUCCCUACCUUGAAAUCAUCCAUUAGUCUUGGAGUUUGGAGGGAGGAAUGAUUGAUUCCUCAUUUGUUUUAAUCACCUACAAAAGCAGUACUACUGACUUUGCUUCUUACACUUCACUGAGCCCCAGACUUUAGGGCCCCAAUCACUGUCAAGAUCAUUGUCUAACUGGAACUCUGAAAGGACAGUGACAGAACUGAAUGAGAUGUUUUCCAGUGAUUCAGUCACAAAGACAAUUUUUUCAAAUCUUUUGAAAGUGAUUCUCAAAUAAAUAAAUCAAAAUCCAACUCCUUUCCCUCAAAGUUUUUAGGGAUCUGAAGGAAAAGGUUUACUGUUGGAGUCCCUUUUUAUGUGACCCAUGUACCAGUUUUAAAGGCACCAUCUAUACUUUAUCUACAUGAAGGGAUCACCAUGACUUUGAGAGAAAAAAGAAUCAGAUUAGGCCUAAGAUUGGUUGAAGAAGAUUAAAAUAGAUUCUUAUAUUCAAGCAGAAGGGAAAAAUGAAGCCAAUCUAGAAAAGUAAGCUAAAAAUCCUCUCCUUGGCUUAGGAUCAUUGGGUUAAACUGGGAGUAUAUCUGUGUGAUUACAACCUGCUGCUAUGAGAAAAAAGAAUUGUAACUUGACCAUGUUGGCUCACACAGGGCAAUGCAAAAGAAGUCAAAACAUUCAUAUCAGGUCUUGGUCUCUGUGUCAGGAGAAACGUGGUGGCUUUCACAGCUUCUUCACCUCUGUCCUCUGUCAUGCAACUCCAUUUUUGGCUAGGUACUAUUUCACAUGCACACUGUCCUGGGUGCCAGAAAUACUUGUGGUGUACUUGGUUUGAGCAGUACCUCUAGUAUGCACCAUUCCAGGGAACAUGGUUGUCAACAUAACAAGUUUAGUGUGUGUAUUUGCAGACAACAUAGCCCUGAAAGCAUGAAAUGUAGAAUAGGUAAGGUCUGUCUUAGAAAAGGAGGAGGAAGUACCAAUUUGGUGCAAGAAGAUCGUGGUGAGGAAGGACAUGGGAGCCACAGUGAAGUGAAAGAGGCUUUAAGGAAUCAGAUGCACAGAUGGAUGCUGAUUUACACAUUUAUCUAGAGGAGUGAUUCUCAACCUUGACUGUACAUAAGAAUCACCUCAGGAAAUUUUUAAAUUCCCAAUUAUAUUAAAAUCAUUUGGAGUGGGAACCAGACACCAAUAUUUGUGAAAGCCUCCAAGGUGGUUCUAAUGUCCAGCCAAAGUUGAUUAUCACUGCUUUAUGGCCAACUAAGGAAACCUUGUUUGUCUGCCCUGGCUGGUGCUCCAGCCCCAGUUCUGAGUGGUCAGGGAAGGCAAGAUGUAAGAUAUAGUAAUGGUAUUUAUUCUGUAUGUCUCACAGAACAAAAGCAUUUGAGAAUUUCUGACCAGGCAGAGCUCCAUCAACUCUUAAUAACCAUCUUUGUGAUAUUCUCCUAUGUGACUUGUCCAUCAAUUAUUCCAAUUCAAAGAUCUAGGUUUUUUUUCAAUUGUCUUACACAUGUGACAUCACAAGAUACCAGAAGUAGCACAGUAAAUUCAACAGCAUAUAAAGCUAAGUGGAAAACUCAUUCUUCAUAUUUAGACAGUGGAAAUUCUCAAAACAAUCAUUUGCUAAAUUAGGUCCAAAUUUAUUAUUCAUUCUUCUUCUGGAGGAGACAUGGGUACCAGGUACCUGUUCUGCUGUAGGUAUAUUUCACUGGACUUGGUCUUAGCAAAAAGGAAGAACAAAUCUUCCUUUUUGAUUGUUAUCUCAAUCAAAAGCUCCCAGGGCCACUUGGAUUUAUUUUCUUAGUCUUUGGACAUGUGUUUAAAGGAAAAGAAUACCUGUAACUUCCUAUAUGACAUCCAGUGCCCUGAAAGCAUGCUUACACCUUCAAAAAAGGAGAGUCCAGCCUAUCAAAGGCAGUAACACAUAAUGAGAAGAAACUCAGAGUUAUCGCCUGUCAUACUGCUUUCCCUCUGCUGUUGGCCCACCCUUCUUGACUGCAAAGCCAGAAAAUAAACUAGAUGGUGGUUUUGGACAAUUGUACACAGGAACAGAAUCUCUAAUAACCUAUAAUUUUUAGUACUUAAUUAUGUGAUGUUUUAUUCUAGGAAAUAAGAAACAGAUGACAUCAUUGAUGUAUCUUUCCUUCAUCUUCAGAAUUUUUGCAUCUUUUCAGAAAAUGACAAAUUACUAUUUUUCUGUUGCACUCAGCAAUUGUGACUAUACUUAACAAAAUUCUUGUAGUCUGUAGAGAUAUCAAUAAAAUUGUAUAUGUUUGUACAUAGAUGCUCUCUUAUGUCAUGAUGUCAUGCACUAAUGAUUUUUGCCAAGAUUACAUAUGGACAGAGGUAAGACCCAUUUAUAACGGUAUGAACUAUGGUUUUGCAAAGUGUAAUUGUUUUCAAAAAGCAGGGAGGGGGUGGGAGAGCAAUGUACAGCAAAUCUAUCAAAUACAACUUCCCAAAACUCACACAUUGUACUAGAAUUUAUAAACCCAAUAGCCAUUCAAAAUCUCCAUCAAUUUGAGGAGAUGUGUUACUUUUUGCUGGAAGACUUUAAAGACAACUUUUGACGAUGUUGAUUGAAGUCCACCUUCAGUGAAGUACAAGCAAAAAUAAUUUGUUAAUAAUGCAUCAAACGAAACCAAGGUGGGUAAGAUGUACCUACAAACUCAACAUGCAGACCUUACUUCCUCACUUCUUUUCAGCUCAGGCUUUGUCCUCAUCCAGGCAGAAAAAUUAAGCUACUAUGGGCUUAUUCCAGCUCCUAGUAGUUAUGAUAAACAUUCAUUAACUCAAGACCUCCAACAGUUCUCUGGAGAGUGUGCUCUCCUGCGCCUCUGGCUUUCAUAAGCAUAGUUAAUUCCUCUCCAGGCACUUUCCCCAUAUUUAUCUAUACUCUGGCCAUAAACAACUGACUUUAUUCUUCCAAAUCCUGUCUAAUUUAAUCUCAGGAAAAUUUCCCCACCACCAUAAUUUUUCUCCUAAUUUUAGUUCCAUAUAAAAAUUGAAAAAAACAGCCAACCAACUCUAGGCUAAAAAACUUGUUGAUUAAAAAUACAAAUAUGCAUACUGACCUUUUAAAAUACAAAUUCCUUUUCAGAAUUUUUCUCUAGCAGAAUUUCUUCAAAGGGAUCCAUUUACCUUCUUAUUUUUGAAUUACAAUAACUCAAGCUUCAGAUACUUGCAUUCAAUAUUUGAAAUACUGAUUCGACUUCCUUUCUUCCUUCUUCCCUUCCUUUCUGUUUCUUCCUCACCCCCUCCCUCCCUCUGUUCCCUGCUGCCCUUUCCUCUCCUCCCUUCCUUCCUCCUUUCUUUCCUUUCAUUCAUUCAUUCAUUCCAAAAGUCAGCCACACUCAAAAAGGUUGGUGAUGGCAUCCCCAUACAAAGACUGCAUUGGAGUAGGGUGAGAAGGGCAGCCCACAGGAGACAGCACUGGAGGGAAGUGGCAGGGUCAACCCUUCAGUGGUCAGUGAUGGCGUGUGAUGUUGGCACUGGAGCAGGGCAGAAGGCAGCCCGGUGGGGUCAGGAGGUUGGCUACAUACAGGGUAUUGAGCAAUUAACAAGUACAUUGAUACUAUGGGAGCCAGGUUUCUCCCUGAUGGAGAACAAAGAAAGGAAAAAUUAAAAGGGAAAGCUAGAAUAAACCCUGUGGUAUUAGAUUAGAAUUGGAAGUAUCAGUAUAAAUUUUUACAUAUAUAUAAAGUGUGUAUAAAUAAUGUAUACAAAUAUAUAUGGGUAUCGCUACAUAGUUUACAUACAUAUGUGAUAUAAAGGUGUGUGUGUGCACACAUGCCUGUGUGGUACAUAUAUAUUUCCUAAUUCUGCACACCAAGAGGACAGGGAGCAAGCCCCUCACACCCUGGAGCAAUGAGCACAACUAGUGCCUGGAUAUUGAUUUCCAAUUACUAUUCUCUGCUAAAAGGAACUGGAGCUCUAUGAAGAAAUGUCUGAUUUUAAGGCUGGAACAUUUUUGUGUCAGAAAAUAAAGUAUUCAAAGAAUAGGGACAUGUCAAAAGGAUACAGCAGCUAGCUUAAGGACAUGCUAGCUUAGGAAAGCUUAAGGACAAGCUAGCUUAGGACAAAUCAGGUAUAAUUUGAGCAUCAAGGCCAAGUGCAGUGGCUCAUGCCUGUAAUCCCAGCACUUUGGGAGGCCAAGGUGGGAGGAUUGCUUGAGACCAAAAGUUCGAGACCAGCUUGGGUAACAUAACAAGACCCUGUCUCUACCCCAAAAAAAAUAAUAAUAAUAAUGAAAAGAAAAAGGAAAAAGCAUCAAAAGUCAUAACAGUAACUUAAUAAGUACACAUUAGUCCACAUUAAUAUAAAUAAAAGGAGAAAGCGAAAACUCUUUCUUACAAUAGAAUGUCAACAAAUAAAUAAAUGUAGAUGGAAUUUUGAAAUUACCAUUUAGCAACCAUUAUCAUAAUGACUUGGGCAACAAAUACCAGUGGAUGCUAAAACUAGUGAGGUAAAGUGGGACAGAGGAAGAGGACAUUUCCAUAGUCAAAGUAUCUUCACAAAAAAAAAAUUUGCUAAUCAUAAAGAAAACUAUAACUAGAGAAACAUGGCAGACACCAUCUUAACCAAGUGAUCAGUUACCACCACCAGCAAGGGAACAAAUCAACAUCAUGUGCCACCUGACAGGAUGCAGUGAGUGAGAACCCAGUGUCACCUCUGCAAUAUUCCUGCCAAAAAGGCAGAAUCAAGGUCUAAUCAUGAGGCAAUAAACAAAACCAAAUUGAGUGACAUUCUAUAAAAUAUCUGCCCUCUAUUAAAAAUUUUCAGUGUCAUAAAAGUCAAGGAAGGAUGUAUGUUCUGGAUUUAAGGAGACUAGACAGUCAUGACAACUAGGUGCAACUCUUAGUCUUGGAUUGGACCCUUUUGCUAUAAAUGACAUAAGUGGAGAAAUUAACAAAACUUGAAUGGUGAUUUCUGACUUGAUUGGGAUUCUUGGUAGUAUUCUUCAAACUUUUACCUAGGUUUUAAGUUAUUCCAAAAUAAAGUUAUAAAAAUAAAAUAUUUCCAAUCUUGUUGUAUUACUUGCACUUCAAUGGCAUUGUCUUCUACCUUUCAUAGCAAAUGGAUAGCAGCUUUGCAGCUUAAACAAUAGUCUCGUGAGCUGAUCUGGGAAUCCAACCAUUAUUUGAACAUUUUUUAAAGUGUAUUUUAAUUGCACAAAUAAUACAUAAAUGCAUAUUGUAAUAGUCAUAUGAUAAAUUUAGACAAGAUCAAGUAUUUCCCUUGGUUACCUCCUACUCAUCUAAACUAACGAGUUAUAGUUUGCUGUGUUUCCUUCUAAAAAAUUUUUCUAUGCUGCAAUGUGCUUAUUCAUGUCUCUACUAUGUCUCAGAUCGUUCUAUGUCAGUACCUAUAAUUCAUUCUUUUUAACUCACUUAUAUUAUCCCAUGGUGUCAAUAAACCAUAACUUGCUACCA